AUGGUCAAAGACUGGAUUAACAUCCAUAAACCUCUUUUUGAAGCAUUUUUGGAAACGCAUAUCCAUAGUAGUAAUGCAGCCAGAAUAAAUGAUGCUAUACUGGUAGUUUGGAAGUCUUUUAGGAACUACGGGCAUCACAGUUCUGGUCAGAUAAUUGUUGUUUGGGACCCUUCGGUCUCUGUAUUUAUCUACAAGGCUACAGAGCAAGCUGUUACAUAUGGAGUUCACAUUUUGUCGGAGAACAUAAAUCUUACUGUCACGUUUGUGUACGGGUUCAACGUUGUUGGAGAGAGGCAGGCGUUGUGGAAUGAACUAGUUGAGAUAAGUGAUACCCCAGCGUUGCAGAAUUCUACUUGGACCGUCCUUGGAGACUUUAAUAAGAUUUUACGCUUGGCUCACCAUUCGGGUUAUCCGUCUCAUGUGGUUGAUUCAAGUGGUAUGCAGGAGGCUAAUGAGGCUUUGCAAGAUGCGGGAUUGUUUGAGGCUCAAGCAAAAGGAACACCUUUCACGUGGUCGAAUAAUAAUGACCAGGACCCAGUCUCCAAGAGAAUUGAUCACACUCUCGUAAACCAAAUUUGGGCAGAUCAUUUUCGUGAUUCAUAUGCAGAUUUACUCGAGCCGGGGCAAUCUGAUCAUUCGCCGUGCAUAGUCAAGGUUCCAUCAUUGAGGCGACAAAGCAGGAAGCCUUUUAAGUUCUGUCACCAUAUCAUCGAUCACCCUGACUACAGCUCUGCUGAUGCUGCUGCCUGGAACCCGGGAUCAAUCACAGGCUCUGCCCAAUUCAAACUGGUCAGGACGAUGAAAAUGCUUAAAAAAGAUCUAAGAGGAAUCAACAAGCGGCACUUCAGUGGUAUUAGUGAAAGGGUGAAGGGGCAAUCUGCUAAGGUAGUGGGUUUGCAACGUCAGCUUCUUACUCAACCAAACUCGGCCCUUGCGGGAAAAGAGUACAUGGAGAGAGACAAGCUAAACCUUCUCUUAAAUGCUGAGCAGAAAUUCUUCAGACAUCGAUCUCGAGUAAGAUGGGCUGUUGUGGGAGACCGAAAUACUUCCUUCUAUCACAACACUGGCACACAGAGGAAUUCUAGAAACCAUAUUCAUUUUCUGAAGGAUGAAAACGAUAACUUCCUGGGAUCAACUGCUGACAUCAAGGCGCACUCUGUUACAUAUUUUCAGGGUAUCUUAGGGGAAACUGAUAUGCCAUUGUCUCCUUCCAGUGUAGAGUCCUUGAAAGAUUUGCUUCUCUUCAGAUGUUCGGAGUUGUCGAGAGCGUAUCUGAAAAGGGGGGUUCUUUCAGCAGAGAUCAAGGGAACAAUAUUUGCAAUGCCUCUGAGCAAGAGCCCUGGUCCGGAUGUGUACUCAGUAGAGUUUCUGAGGGCGUCAUGGGACACUGUUGGGGAGGACAUAAUAGCUGCAGUCGCUGAGUUCUUUCGGAAUGGGCGCUUAUUAAAAGACCUGAACACAACAACCAUCGUACUCAUUCCAAAAACUAGCGCUGCGUGUAGGCUUGGGGAUUUUAGGCCGAUUAGCUGUUGUAAUCUGGUUUAUAAAGUCAUCACAAAGAUUAUAGUGAACCACCUAAAGCCGAUUCUUCAGUCGAGCAUUAGUAGAAAUCAGGCUGCUUUCCUAAAGGGUCGAAGUUUAGGAGAGAACGGUCCCCUCGCGUCUGAGCUGAUAAGGAACUAUAGAUCUUCCUCAUGCCCAAGAAGAUGUAUGCUUAAGGUGGACAUAAAAAAGGCGUUCGAUACCAUUUCUUGGGACUUUAUAAUUAAACUGCUUGAUGCACAGGAUUUACCACCUUUGUUUGUCACUUGGAUUCGGGAAUGCAUUACUUCCCCUCGCUUUUCAGUGGCCAUCAAUGGAGAGUUAGCUGGAUUCUUCCUGGGCAUGAAGAGGCCUCGGCAGGGCGAUUUUAUCUCACCUUAUCUGUUCAUUAUGGCGAUGGAAGCGCUAUCUAAAUUGCUAGAUCAGGCUGUGGACGCAGGCGACCUUAGAUUACAUCCAAGCUGUCAAGAGCCAAGAGUUACUCAUCUCUUAUUUGCAGACGAUCUGUUGGUGUUUUUAGAUGGCUCUAGGCAUUCCAUUACUAGCAUUAAAAAGGUCUUGACAACAUUUAAAGAGUGGACGGGUCUGGAUAUGAAUGUAGCAAAAUCAGAGAUCUUCUUUGGGGGUUUUUCUGAGAUUGAAGCAUCAGUUAUUGCUGAUAUAUCUAGAUUUCGAAUUGAAAGUUUUCCUACUAGGUACUUGGGUCUGUCUCUUAACCCGAGUAGGAUAAGCUACGCUACCAUGCAGCCUUUUCUGGAGAGGAUCAAUUGUUGGACGGUUAAGACCCUUUCAUUUGCAGGAAAAGUCACCCUUGUAGCCUCUGUCAUACAUGGCAUGGUCAACUUCUGGAGCUCGGUCUUUGCUCUGCCAAAGAGAUUUUAUGAAAAAAUUGACUCAAUGUGCUCACCUUUCUCUGGAAAAAUAGCACUACAUCUGCUGUUGGGGCAAGAGUUAGUUGGGGUCCUUAUGGGUGGCCUGGCUGCAUUCAAAUGUCUUCAGAAGGAAGUGUUACUGACCACAGCUGAUUAUCAGCGCUUUUUUCCUACUGCAUUUGGACAGACUGGUCCUCGUUCUCUUCGGUUGGGACUUGAAUCUCAUGUUUGUCAAGCAGCUCGGAAUGGUGAUUGGACCCUGCCUCAUGCUCGUUCUGAUGUGGCUGAAACGCUACAGAUUGUUCUCACUACCAUGUCUCUACCUACGCCUGACCGCGGUUCUGAUAGGUUCUUAUGGUGUAAUGGUGCUGAUAAUUUUGUUCCUAAAUUCUCCUCAAAGGCAACAUGGCACUCGGUAAGGGAGUCAGCUGAUAUUGUUCCUUGGCACAAACUGGUCUGGUUCAAAGAGGGUGUCCCUAGAUGCUCCUUUGUUACAAGGAUGGCUGCUCUCUCGAGACUCCCAACUAGAGAUAGAUUGGCCUCCUGGAGCAUGGUUAUUCCAUUGCAGUGUGUCCUGUGUAGCUUUGGAUUAAAGUCUCAUCAACAUCUACACUUCCAAUGCCCCUUUGUUUCUUCAAUAUGGGCGCAUUUCUGUGGAAAUUCGAUCGCCUCCCCUCUAAUAUCUCUUGAUUCUGUUGCUGACAUUCUGUCUCAACAUCAUGUUGUUGAAUCUCCUGGCCUUGAGGUUGUGAUCAAGUUGUUGCUGCAGAAUAUUGUGUACUGUACUUGGAAGGAACACAAUGCGCGUAUUUUCCAGCAGGUCUCCACCUCAGAAGUUGGGGUCAUCGCUAACAUUCAUCGCCUCUUAAGGGACCGCCUCAUCUCCAUUCACCAACCACCUUCUGCUACCUCAUCUCUGUUUUAG